UUGAACUGCUGAGCUUUGAGUUUGCGGCUCACUCUGCCGCCGUCAACCUCUGUUGUAAAUUUUCCUCCCAGAACACGUGACGAUGCAUUUCUUGACUAUAUAUCCCCAACUGCAGCAGCGGAGCUGUCAGAGUGCGAGCCCAGCACGAAAGAGGAGCGCUCUUGGACCUGACCAUUCAGGAAUUCAGAGGCACUGCCAGCCUUUGACCCGGGCUGUGUGCGCUCUGCUUCAAUGCUGAAGAUGGAGCCUCUGAACAGCACACAUCCCAGCACCGCAGCCUCCAGCAGCCCCCUCGAGUCCCACGUGCCCGGCAACGGCAGUGGCAACGGCAACGAAUACUUCUACAUUCUGGUUGUCAUGUCCUUCUACGGCGUUUUCCUGAUUGGAAUCAUGCUGGGUUACAUGAAAUCCAAGAGGCGGGAGAAGAAGUCCAGCCUCCUGCUGCUGUACAAAGAUGAGGAGAGGCUCUGGGGAGAGGCCAUGAAGCCGCUGCCCAUGGUUUCAGGCCUGAGGUCCGUGCAGGUGCCCAUGAUGCUGAACAUGUUGCAAGAGAGUGUGGCACCUGCACUGUCCUGCACCCUCUGCUCCAUGGAAGGGGACAGCGUGAGCUCCGAGUCUUCUUCCCCAGACGUGCAUCUCACCAUCCAGGAGGAGGGGGCAGAUGACGAGCUGGAGGAGACUUCAGAGACGCCUCUCAACGAGAGCAGCGAAGGAUCCUCUGAGAACAUCCAUCGGAAUUCCUAGCACCC